AAUAAAAUGUGAGUAUUUUUUUCAAAAAAGUUUUAAAAAAGAGAGAUAAAGAGUGGACAGAAUUUAAUUUGGAAUAAAAUAUCAGUGUUAUUAUCUCGAGGAUAUAUGGAUCAUCUAGCAGUGAUUCGAUCUUUGGUUUCUUUUAUCGAAAACGAAAAUUUCUUAGAAAUCGUUCGUGGAUCUUAUCAUCAGCUGUCAAGAUAUAAUUAACACGAGUUUCCGUUUCGGUGAGGCCCACUCGAGAGAGUCAACGCUUGACCGGAAGCUGGAGCUUGACUGGUGGUGCAUCUUUUUGAUAAGUUUUCUCCUACAAAUAGGACGACGAGAUGGCUAAGAAUGUAGGAGAAAGCCGCAUACCGCUGCCACGAGCGGCUCGGCCAUCGUUUUUUCCCAAAGGAAGGGUUUUAGGAGGAACAAAAAUUGGUACUGGUCGUCGCCGAUCUCUUGUCCUUAGUUGUUUGCAAUCGGUGAAUGCGGAAGACGAUAUUUCAAUACCUAAUUCAAAGUGUUCUACCCGGGCUACGUCAACACCGUUGUCUUCAGGAAACACAGGGAAUACAAUUUUUGCGAUAUCUCCUGUCUGGGACAUCGAAGAAAAUGAUGUGCAAAAGUUGGUUUAUUUAAGUGAAGAAAAGAGUAACUUUUUCAGCUUGCUCGAAACCACUGGCACGUUGAACAACAGGAUCGAGGACGUAAGCGACAGCUGUCUCAGAGAUGUCGGCUUGGGUUCCUAUAAAGAUAACACAUCCGGUACACCGUCGCACUAUUUGAUGCUUAAUAAACAAAACUCUUUCGAGCACGACGAGAGUCUUGGUAUAUUGACGCCUGACCAGAUGACCGACUUUACGGUCGCGCUGGAAUGCUCCAGGACACCAUCCUGCGAGAAUCUAACUGGUUCCGGAGGUUCAAGAUUAGCUCUGACUCGAGCUUCAGCCUCAAGACCAUCAGUUGAUGCUGAACCAACAGAAGAAGGUUCAAGCGAGCGUACACCUUCACCAGAGGAACUUCCUUUGGAUCCAAAACCCGCUGAACCUGUGAGAGGAUCCGUAGUCCCGGUAAGCUUCGUUACUUCGGUGACUAGCAUCACAAGUUUAGAAGCAGGUUACCAGGGCGACGGUGAAAACUCAAGGCCAGCUAGUCGUGGGGCUGAUCCACCUUCAGUUGCCCCACCACCAAAUUUACCCGCUCCUUGUAGACAAGAUCCUAUGACCGAUUCGGAUUUCUUUACCGAAAGUGAUGCCGAUGCUCACGAAGAAAUUGUACGUGGUGAUAGAAAAGCGCAGGUGAUUGAUGGGACUUUAUUUUGUGCUCCUGGAGGGCGACGAUGUCCCAGUUUCACUGGCGAGGAAAUGGACUCCAGUGGUAUUUAUUCAGAUCUUGAUAAAAAGCAAGAUGAACGCCACGUUCCUGGAGAGGCUUUAGACGAAAACGAGGAUAACACGCCGGAUACUGUUGAUACCGAAGUUUCACAAAGAAGCCAACCGUCUCCUGUUAAAUCAGAAGUCACACACGUGUUUUUAGAUUUCGUACAAAUGAGUCCACGAGUAUUAACCAGUUUAGAUAUGUCAGAUGAAGUGGAUUCGGCAUUGAAAACUGCUGAAAUUACGGUUAUCGAAGUUAAUAGAGCAAACGAUAUGCCUAGAAUUAAAUCUUCAAAUAAAACAGAAUCGAGUUCUUUAAAAAAAUACAAGAUGCCUAAGAGAAAUGUUGUAUCGAAGAUUAAAGCGAUGAUUGAAUCCGGUCCAAAAGAUGAGGCGGAGAAGGAAGCUAGACGAUCCCAACGAUCUCAAAGAAAAGGAAGUCGAUGGGAUGCGGUGAUGAGUAAGAUCGAGGCCGGUAAAAACGAACAGAGAACGAGAUCCUUAAGAAAAGAAGUUAAAUCUAGGGUUUUACAAGGCCUAACGCAAUCAUCAACUCUUGGAGCAACAUUACAAAAAGUUACUGAUGCGGAUAAUAACAAUAGCAAGGAUAAAAGAAGAACGCGUGGAAGACAAACAGUAAAGUCACCCAUGCAAGAGACAGCUAGAAGCUCGGUUCGAAGUUCCAUGAGCGAUCUCAGCAGUGCUCCCAGUAAAGAAGCUCGUAAGAGAUCACCGACGUCGGGAAGUUCACCAAGAAGAAUUGUGGCAAACGGUCGUAAUGGUCAGCAGGGUCGUGUCAAUAGUUUUCGAGAAAAGAAAAAUUGUCCUUCAGUGGCAACAAUCAAUCUUGAAAAGAGCCCGACGGCGUCGCGCAAGCAACCGAUUACAAGGAGAUUAACGGCCAAUGUCCCUGCCAAACAACCGUCACAGCAACGACAGCAACAACAACAACCACAACAACAACAACAACAGCAACAGCAACGUGCCACGAGACAAAUAGAAAAAGAUAACACAAACGGCUAUGCGGUGUCAAGAACCAACACCAUCGAAACUUGCGAUCAAGCCGCUCAAACAGACGUACCUUAUGAUGUUUUUCAUGUUAAGAGGGCUGAGCAGGUCGUUCAAGCUUUAUCCGUCACCGUACAAUAUCUGGCAUAUGAACUGGAUGCAUUUUCAACGCCAAAACUAAAGAAAAAUUACGAAAAUAUGAAGACCGAAUGGUUAGCGGCAUGCUCAGAUGUGGACGAGCUACGAGCGAGACACAUUAACAUGGAGAAAAGAUUGAACACAGCAAGGAAAGAUCAUUGUAAAGCCUUGGAUCAGCUUCGUGAAGAUCUAGAGAGCCGGCACGCGGAACAGCUGGCAUCUUUGGAAAGCAAUUUCCAAGAGGAGAGACAGAAGUGCGAGUUUAGGCUAAACGAUUGCUUGAACGAGGCGACAAAAGAGCACCGAGCAGCGAUAGCGAGGCUACGAUCUGAACAUGAGGCCGAAUUGAUGCGCAAAGAUUCAGAAACGAAAAGAAGAUCGGUUGUACACGAUCAAGGUGCAGCCUUGGCGGCGGAAGUCGAGUCCUUGAGAUCUGUCUUGGAAUUGAAGAGUCAAGAGAACGCAGCCUUGCGAUCGGAACUGGACGGCACACGCCGGGAGAUCGAGGACAAGGACAUAUUGCAGCAACGAGUGGAGAUGCUUGAAGCGAGAUGCGAAGAUUUGAAGGCUCAGCUUCAGUGCAAGGAGGCAUUGGAGAGGCAGAUCUCUCACGACAACGAGAUGCUCCACGAAUCGAUCCAUCAGGUCUCUAAACAUAAUAAACGUCUUUUGCAACGUAACGAAGAAUUACAAUGGAGGUUACGUCAAAAAAACGAGGUAGUAACAGUCCUGGCGAAUCAACUAGCGUCACCAAGACUGUCUAGAUCCUUAGGUCCUGAACACAUAGAUCAUUCGAUAUCGUUCGAUAAGAAUAACCAACAAUCCUCUUCUAUGGUUAAGUUUGUAGUUGAGAAAAGCGAUUCGGUCUCAUGGACGCUUGACUUGGACGAAGCACAUACACCUGUAAACGCACCAUCGAAGUUAUUAACACAGGAGGGUUCCUUGUCGGUGUCUCGACAGGGCUCUUUGAGGCUCACGCCACGAAGAACUGGUAUCGACACUAGAGCCAGAUCCAAGAGUAUCUCCGUAACAGAUUCCACGAGAACCGAAGAUUCGAGCUGGCCAUAUUCUUCUACACCAGUUAAUUCACGAAGAAGACCCAGGAGCGACCCAUCAUCUUCUUCAGCCUCUUCUUCCUCAUCUUCUUCAUCAACAACUUCAUCCUCAUCAACGGCUCCAACCAAUCCCGUCGUUGCAGUUGCCGUAGCUGCAGCGGCUGCCGCUGCCGCAGCUGCCGAAGAUUGCAACCCCGGCCAGACACCUCAGGAAGCUGGCGGCGAAGCCAUGAUCUCUGAAGAGACAUCUGCUUCCAGCAGCGAAGACGAGUCUUCUACGAGUAGCGAUAUACCUCGUCUUCCCAUGCAAUUUGCUUGGGGAAAACCCAUCAAUUAACACACACAAAUUAGCCAAGAUUUUUGUUCAUAAGACCGUAACGAUGGCAUUUCGCUUGCCCUGCCUAUCGACCCCGUCUCCCUUCGUAUUUUUUCUCUUUUACGUGGUUGCAUUUUUAUACUUUUGACACCCCUAUUUCUUCAGAGUCUUUCUAUCGAAGAUGUGAAGAGAAAUACGCGUACGAAGCCAGACAUUAAAGUUGAAUGUUCGUGGACGUAUAAAUACAUGAUAUUCGAUAUCCAUCAAUAUCAAAUACUUCUAUAUUCUUAUAUCUUUUCGUUAUGACUUCAUAGGAGGUUUGUUUUCCCUUUUUUGUUUUCAUUUUUUCCCUUUUUUGUUUUCAUUUUUUUCCCUUUUUUGUUUUCAUUUUUUUCCCUUUUUUGUUUUCAGUUUCUUUCGUUUUUUUUAAAUAAAGUUGACCGCGUAUUUGUGUCGUGGACAAGAGUAUCGUGUAAAACCAUUAGACAUUCAUAAUUAUAAACAUAUAAAAUGAUAAACGGAACGAAUUUCUUGAUUUUUGUUUUCCUUGAUGAGUCUUGUGAUUAAUUGUAAAAUAUUUUAUUAUUUUUUCAUUCUAGUUUUUUUUUCCCUUUUUUUCUUUUCUACUUUAAGAUCUACUCGUUCACUAAUAAAAAAAAAAAAGAAAACAUUCUAUUAUUUGCAAUGUAUACAGGUGCCUAAUACUUUUGGCCAAGGAUGUGUACAUGUUAACGGAAUUAUCUAAUCAUGUAUAAGAAGAAAAUACGUUUCGGUCGUCUGGGCCAUUACUUAUUUAAUUCGUGUCACUUUUACACAUGUCCGUUUUAUAAGAAUGCGAUUACAUUAAGUCUGUAAAUAGGCAACGAUGUUUAUAAAUUAAUUAAUUUUUAUCACAAUUGUAUAUAGCCGAGAACAUUACAUCAUAUACCGUCUCCUUCCUCCCAAAUCAUCGAUAAAAAAUAUUUGCUGCGCUUACAUUUAAAAUGACAGAUUUUCAUUAUAGCCGCAGCCUAAAAAGAGCGGCGAAAUGUCGCAAUUCCAUUUCUUUAAAGGACCGCUUAUGGUCUUUUAAAUUGGAAUGGUGAGUAUAAAGUUGGGUUUGAAGUAGAUUUGUGUUACAAAAAAAAAGAAAAACUCUUCUUGAUGAUAACUUUGGGAUGAUUGUGCAUUGCAGUAUUCGCUGUUCAUCUUUUCAUGAUGAAAGAAAGAAAAAGAAAGAAAAAAGAACCUAAUAAUUAUGUUAUCGUUCGAUUUAUCCGUGUACAGUUUCGAUAAGCUUAUACGUAAUGCGAUACGAUAGAUUGAGAUACACUAACAGCGGUACGAACUCGUUAAAAUUUUUGACGAAAUUGAGAUGCCAAGUAAAUACAUAAGCCUAUCGAAGUUGUGUAUCGGUUUAAAUCACGCCAGCUGAAACGAGAAUCGAAUAAAUACAAAGUUGAUUCUAAUCUGCUCUAUUUGGAAAAACUGCAGAGAUCACAUUCGGUAGCAGUAGCUUAGCGAUAAACGGAAGUAUUAUUCGCAGAGAAGUGUUUCUUCUCUCACAUGUGCUGGCAAAUUUAAUGUAUUAUAUAUUUAUCAAAUAAAUAUUAUCUGAAUUACCACAACUUUCGCUAUCAUUCAGAACUUGUAA